UUGCCAUUUCGUUAAACAGAUUUUCGAAGUGGUUUGUAAGGUUUAUUGACCGUUGGAAAAGAAAAGACUUGUUUUCGUUUGACAGUUUUAUUAUCAACUGUACGUAAUUGUACCCAGGGAUUGAUAAUCCAAGUAAUCCAACCUUUUCUGAAGCUCAUUUCCUUUAUUGGAUCGUGAGCCCAGUGAGGCGAUGGACGAGAUGGAUGAUAGACCACCAGGUCAACCGACGAUAUUGAUGAGAAUUACAAAAAUACUAGUUGACCAUGCAAAAAACAAGGCAUGUGAGAUGAGGGAUGAAUUGGAUUGGAUGGAGAACAAUUUGGAGCAGAAGUCGGAUAAAUUGAUCAUGAAGAAGAUUAAGGAGUUGAAGAUGGAGGUAACAAAGAAACUGGAGCAGAAUUGUUUCUUUUCACGGCGUCAAGAAAUUUUUGCAUCUAUGAUGGAAUUAAAUCAGAGAAGAAACAUAGGUUGGGAGAGGAUUGAUGAAUUGGAGAAGAAGAUGUCGGAUAACUUAGAUUUGGAGCAGGAGUCGGAUGAACUGAUGAUGGAAGAGAUUAAGAUGUUGAAGAUGGAGGUGCUGGUGAAACUGGUGAAACUGGUGAAGAACCUGACGAGGGAGCUGGAUUAUGAGCAUUUCUUUUUAUCGAAUCAGGAAAGAAACAAGGAAUUGGAUGUAAUGGAUGAAUUGGAGAAAUUGGAGAAUAUGUUGGAUUUGGAGCAGAAAUCGGAUAAACUGAUGAUGGAAGAGAUUAAGAACUUGAAGAUAGAGGUGAUGAAGAAACUGGUGAAGAACCUGGGUUGUCAUAGUUUCCUUCCAUCGCCAACAAACCAGGCAUUUCACGUAGUGGAUGAAUUGAAGAAGAUGGAGAAUAUGUUGGAUUUGGAGCAGGAGUCUGAUAAACUGAUGAUGAAGGAGAUUAGGAACUUGAAGAUGGAGGUGCUGAAGAAACUGGUGAAGAACCUGGUGAAGAACCUGGGUUGUCAUAGUUUCGUUUCAUCGCAAUUUAGAAUCAAGAAAUUUUUGCAUCGGAAUCUGAGAAGAAACAAUGAAUUGAAGGUACCUUGUAUCAGGGCAUUAAACAUUUCAUAGCCAGGGAGGUUCUUUAAUAAUAUACAGAUUCGAUUGUGAAAAAUUUAAGGUAAAAAAAUUAGGCGCUUACUAUACAACAAAAUCAGUAAUUCUCUGAAUUUUUGCUCAAAACACGCCGUCUCAAAAGUCAAUUCGUGUAACUUAUCUUGCAACCUAUAUUUAUUCGUUUAUUCACAUGUCGCAAACGGACAUUAUUUGUUAGGGCUAUCUUUUUAUAUAAUUGCUAGCAACAAGAGCUUAUACCCUCUGUGUGGGGUUUUACCACCCCCUGUAUGCACAGCACUCAUGAGAUUGUAAAAAAAACAAAUGAAUUCCUUUUUUGUAUAUUUUGGGAAAAUCAGAAGUUUUCGUCGUUUUUGAGGAUUGAGAAUUUGCUUAAAUGGGAUUUGAUAGUAAAGCGUCAUUUGAAGCGUCUGAACAUGGUACGUAGAGGUCCAAAAUUCCAUUAUAUAGAAUUUAAUAUGCAUGUCAUAAUACACCAUUGCCAUUUGACC